UUAUAAUUUGACUUACUGCUACUGACAAUAGUAGCAUAGUGGUUGUAUUGAAGUAGCAGAAGAGGUACGAUAAAUACUUUUACUACUAAGUACUACUUUUUUUUACUUAACUUUCAGCAGUUUGAUAAAAAUGGGCCCAGGGUAAGAGUCUUAAUAUGAAAAUAUGUAAUGUUUUUUCCGUGCAACUGGUAGAAUUAUGAAUAACUGCUGUACUAUGGAUUUGUGUCUUUUUGUACUCCUGUUUAUGUACGGCAUUAUCAUGUGCAAGUGUGCAUGUAAGUAUGUAUGUUUUGUGUGUGUGUGUGUGUGAUCAUGUCCACAUCUGCGUUUGUGUACUGAUGGUAAACUCCGGUGAUUUGAACACAGAGGGCUAUCUUAAACAAACACAUUAACCAAGAUGGUGAUGUGAGGUGGCCAGAGAACCCACAGGACAGAUCACAGAAAGGCAGCUGGAAUACAGGAGAGUGGCUUUUGCCUGUCACGCUUUUUUAAUAUGUUCACUCGAACUGGCCAGAUGUGUUAGCAGAGCAAGAACUUUCUGUCUACCAGUCAGUAUGAGAACUGUAGUCCCGAGGAAUGAAAUGCGAACAUAAUUGAAAUGGAAAUGGACAAGUGGAGUGUGUUGUAAUUUCUUUCAGUGUGAUGCCUCUAGAGAUAACAUACAAACUACUGCAGCUGAUCCCUGCCAUGCCUAAGCAAACUCCAUGACCUAGACAAUGGUCGGAACCCUAAGGUCACAAUUUGACCUUACCCAUAGUCAUCACCUACAGCCCAACCCCUGCUGGUGUCUCUCCCUCUUCUCAUGUCGUUCUACUAAAUUUGCAUGACAGGGCCGUCGGAGAGAUGGAAACACAAGUGCACGUGGAGGUUCAUUUGCCUGCAUUGCAUUGGAAAGACGAAAAGCCAAGCACGUCAACCCUCACUCCUUGCUGUAUCCAGCAGCGAUUGAGACACUGGGCUUGCCUGGAUCCCAAAGUUCUACCAGAUAGCCAAGAUGGGAAUAAAGGAAGUGUUCAACUUGGCUCGGGUGCCCUCCAUCCUCAUGCUUGGGGCCGUUUAUGUGGCCUACGUGCUGAUCGGCGGGGUGGUUUUCUGGAAGUUGGAGGGAGAUCUCGGCAAGAAGGACAUCAGUCUUUUAAUGGUGAAGAGAGACGACCUGUUUAGGACGUACACCUGUCUGGACCAAACAGGCCUGCAGGCGGUGGCUCAGGUUGUUGACGCUGCGUCCAAGAUGGGUCUAAGUUUAAAAGGCAACGUUACCGCGGAUGGCUUCUGGAAAUUCACCAGCUCAGCUGUGUUUGCUGCCACUGUAGUCACAACUAUAGGUUAUGGGAACAUGAGUCCUCGUUCCACUGCUGGCCAGAUCUUCUGUGUGUUCUUCGCACUAUUUGGAAUCCCGCUCAACAUAGUGGUGCUCAACAGGGUGGGCAAGUACAUGCUUGCUAUAGAGAGGAACAUCUCCGAUUUCCUUGAGGGGAAGACCGGGCGAAGGAGGUGUACCCGCUUUUGUGUCCACCUGGUGUCUUACCUGUCUGGAACAGCUCUCUUCUUUAUUGUGCCCAUGAGUGUGUUCCAACAGUAUGAGAGUUGGACCUACUCUGAGGCCAUCUACUACUGCUUCAUCUCCCUCAGCACCAUCGGCUUUGGAGAUUUCGUGGCAGACAAUAAUCCAGACAAAUAUUACCCACAUUGGUACAGUUUCCUCUUGGCCUCGUGGAUCUUCUUCGGCAUGGCCUGGCUGGCCCUGCUUAUAAACCACUCCAUUGACAUCCUGGAGCGACUCAACAUCUACUUAAAACAGCGGAGGGGCGGGCAGAAGCAGCAGGAAGAGUCUGGCAGUGGAGAAAAUGACAAUCCAGAAACACAAGUGGAGGAGGAACAUGAGAUCAAGAAUCCUCCAAUAACUCAGUAAUCUACAAACUAAAGUGAAGAUUUUAGUGAGUUGACCUAGUUGUAGAAUUAUCUGUCUGCAGAUCAGGAUGUGGGAAUCAGGUAUAAGUUGUGGAAUAUGGCUUAGCCAUGGCAGAAUGUGUGUGUGUGUGUGUGUGUGUUCUAUAAAUGUUGAGAGUCUGUGAUGAUUUAAUAUGUGACUGUGCAAUGGUUUGUCAGUUCUGAUCCCUUUCUCCUUAAAUGCCACUAAAAUAUUGACUCAUUUUUGUUGAGUCAGGUUCGUUUCGCUGACGCUGUGCAAUAUCCACUUGCUGUUUAGUGUGUUUGCUCUUUAUUUCCCAAACUGUAAACAAAUGACUCUUCACUCUUGUGCUACUGUAUCCGUCUGUGGAUUAGUGAUCAGUUGAAAACCGCAGUCAGUCUGCCUUGUUGCUUAUCCCACUGACCACAAACCAAGUCAUUUGCCAACUGUGACAUUUUUGCAAUUUACUGUCUGUGCGACCGAAUGGCACAUGCGGCAGGUAUUUUUGAAUGUUGAUGUCUACAAUGAAAACCACAACUGUGUAAUGAUUUGAUUUCCCAGGCAUACCAUACCAUGGUAUGCCUGGACUGGUCGAAAAUGUGGACUCAAAAACACGUCACAUCAACACAUUUAAAGGGGAAAUUGGUGGCAAGCUUCUGAAUAACUGUAAGUUAAAUGGGCUAAAAGUAUUUAUUUCAUUAAAAAGCAAUAUGAAAGUACUGUUCUUACACCAGUUGUUGACCACACUUUAAACACACUAUUAAAUACCAACAACUAAUAUCUAAAUUCAACAAAUACUGGGGGUAAAAAAACAUUCAAAUAAAGUGAAGAAAAUCUGAAACCAGAGCAAUCCAUGUAAUUAGCUUACAGUA